ACUAAACAUAUAUCAUUCUUCUAUAACCAUAAACAGAAGAAAUAGUCUAGAUAAGACGGGAUAAUGGCGACCGCUAUCUAUUUGACUAGAAUUUUUUCUUCUUUUGUUUUAUUUUCAUCAAUUUCAAAGGGAGAUGAACUAUUUCCAUUAUCUGGUAAACCUGUGACUAGAGGUGAAGACAACAUAAAUCACAAAGUCACACUUCCGUCUAACAUCAAUUUUCCGUUCAUGGGAACCAUAUACAAAGAUCUUUAUGUAUCCAAAGAUGGUCUUGUUGGAUUUGCUCCCCGGACACUUCAUCAAACCGAAAUAUUUACAGACACGCUGACCAAAGAUGACCCGGCUUUCGCUGCUCCAUAUUAUUUUCCUGCCCAUGACAUUGGUUCUAAAAUAAAUGGGAAGCCAUACACUGGUCAGGUUUUGUACCGAGUUGGAUCUGAUGUACCUGCAGGGGAGUUAUCAAACUUAUCCUCUAUCAUUCAGGAAUCUAUGGUGGGGUUAGAAAACCAGUUCGAGGCUUCCUAUGCUUUGGUGAUCACGUGGAAGGAAGUCAUUUCUAAAACUGAUGUUGUCAAAGGUUGUAGCUCGUGCAAGAAUAAUACAUUUCAAUUGGCAAUGUUGACCGAUGGUACUUCCAGUUUUGCUAUAUUUAACUAUGUUAAAAUGGACAUAACAAUGGACCAGUUUACUCAGUCCGGUUUUAAUGCUGGGGACGGAAGGGGAUACGCAACCGCAUUAAACGAUAAACAAUUGAAAAAUGCUGUGAACAAUUAUGGGAGUGAAACAAAAGGAAGGUAUAUUUACAGAAUAGACGGAGAACAAAUACAACAUGGGGGAUGCUCUAACGAUACACGUGGAGGUGUCCUAAGUAUUUACCCAACAUACGCUGGAAUGCUUGGUGGUAAAAUGUUGGAUAUAUCUGGUCCAUGCAUGCCAAAUAAUCCACGUCAAACACAAGUUAAGUGUAGAUUUGGAGGCAAAGAUGAUUUCAUCACAUACGGCUAUAAAGUUAAUUUUAUGAAGGCAAGGUGUGCUGUUCCAAGGAUGUCCAUACGUGGAUGGAUAACGGUAGAAAUGUCAAUAAAUAACAGAUCAUAUUCACACAGUACUAAAAUCCUAAUAGUUCAUCCGGGGAGAGUAUCAAAGAAGGAGAGAAUACAUUUACCAUACAUGGGAAAGGGACAGGGAUGGAACGAGACUGCCACAACACAGUUAACUUUGAAAUGGAACAGUUCUUUAUUGACAGAUAAUGGAAAUGCAAACCUCAACAUUUCUUUGAUGGGAUAUAAGGAAGAUAAUAACGAGAUAACCGUGUCCAAUCUAAGACAUAUAGGAACUAUUCAGGCAUCCGUGGGGCAGUUUACAUUUCAGACUAGUAGUAUAACUUGUAUAGGUUCCAUUUGUGAUGAGUAUGAAAUUGGAGUUGUAAUGGCAGAACUUCAAGACCAAAAGCAGGCUACAUUUUUCAGAUCCAUAGUUAGUAACGUAAUAACUUUAGGAUUUUUUGUAAACAAGGCCAUGGUCCUGACGCUUGGUGACAAUUGGCCGAGCCAAAAAUGUAAGACUUGGUAUGAUCAGGACAGACAAGAUAUGAGUUGGUUGAACAGCUUGGAGGAUUGUCCUUGUACACUGGUACAAGCACUAAGUGAUAUAGGACGUUUUCAGACUGAUUUCGGGUGUUACCUGUAUGAUAAGAGUACCAGUAAAUGUAGAUAUCACGUGGGAGCUGUGCAUUGUGUUCGAUCAGUUCAAUCUUCGAAGACCGGUUCCGGCAACCAGUGCUGCUAUGAUACUGGAGGAAAUCUAAAGUACUCAUCUGAUAGUUUUCAAGGCAGCACGCCAGACAGAAGUCAUGCGUGGGGUGCCUUUCCAUAUGGUAGGGUUGACCUUGUUCCUCAUAUGUCCCAUUGGCUUAAAGAUGUUGUGACGUUCUAUCAAUGUUGUUUGUGGACUGAUUACAGAGAUUGUGAUUAUUACAUGGAUCAGCGGUCAACCCGGGAUUGUAAAAACUAUAUUCCACCUACAACAGCCAUGGUUUUUGGUCAAGGUCAUUUUGAAACAUUUGAUGGCAUGUACCAACGUAUGUGUAGUCCUGGUGAUUUUCUUUUGAUGAAUACUACAUUACUUGAUGCUAGUGUUGUGACCGUUCAAGGACGAUUUUACGAAAAUGUUUUCCAUGAAAUAGUUGGGGUAGGAGGCAAUACCUCUGUCAUGUUAACCAAUAUAGGAAUUCGUGUUUCUCGUGGUAGUACUACUGAGACUGUAGAAAUCAGACUAAAAUUACCAACAGCAGAUAGGCGUGUACGUAACCUGGAUGUUCUGGUCAAUCAGCAAUAUCAUGUUUUCGAGGAUAAACAAACUUUCUGGCAGGACUUUAAAUAUUUCAGUGUGGUGAAUACGGAUGAGACGGGUAUGGAAUCCAACUUCACUGUUAUUCUACAGGAUGGACUAGCUAUUCAAGUAGCUGAUUGUGACAGAGUAUUGUGUGUUGUAAUUGUAGCACCACCUUCCCUUCAGGGGAAAGUCCAAGGUCUCCUAGGAAACUGUAAUGGAAAUACUACAGAUGACCUACUUAAUCUAAAUUAUACAGUUGCUUCACAGAUUGAUAAUCACUCAUUGAAUGAUUUAACGCUUUAUCAACUGUUCAAAUAUCCAUGGGCAACACAGUAUAUAGACAGCAUAUUACCAAUAUUUAUCGCGCCAAGUUAUAAUCCACCAAUUUGUUCAAAAGAACAACCCAACAGACAAGCGCUACAAGAAUGUCACAACAAUAAGCCUUGUAUGUUUGACUAUAGAGCUACUGGUGACAAGGAAAUAGCAAUGAAAACUAAAUCAAUGUCAAUGAGAAUCCAUGAACUACGACGAUUCCUAUCUCCAGUUAGGACUUGUGGACUUCUAAAUGUUCCACGAAGUGUGAAGAGUAGCACGAAUUACAGACUCGGACAGACAGUUACUGUAGAGAGUUGUAGACAGGGACACAUACAGGGUGAUGACAAGACAUACACGUGUUCAGCAACAAGUGAAACGACUCAAAAAUGGUCGCCGUCGAUCAAUGCCAAAUGUUCAGCUAAAGAAGAAAAGGUUAAUGCUGCUCUUUUAGUUGGAAUUAUAAUUGUUGUUGCUGCUUUCAGGAAUUGGUGAUUUAUUUUGAGACUCAUUUGACAUUAUCAAUAUUGUUAAUAUUGAAAAGAGCAUGUAGUUUUCAUUCAUAUCAUGUAUACUGUAUAUAUUGCAUUUCUUUUUAUAUUAUACU